UUUCAGAAUUCUGUAAUAUAUACAUCAAUGUCCUAUUUAUAUUGAGUGCUAUGUCCUUACCUGCAACUUUGUAACUAACUGCUGACAUGGCAAAGCUAACUAACAUUUCAACUAACUGAUAAUUUGAUCCCAUUUUCCUGUAACAUAGUAAUACCUUUUCUUUUGUGUUGGAUGAUGAAUUCUGAGCCUAUAGCUGUACCCACAAAGGAGGACGAAGACACUUCCUUGCUUUCUUUUGACACAGAUUCUUCCCAAUCUACUCCUCCAAAACCCCAUCCACAAAUAUGGGUAAUUUUCACAGUUCUAAUUCUUGUAACUUGUCUAGUUAUUGCCUUUGGUUUCCUCUUCUUGUCCUCCUCUUCUUCACAUCAUGAUGUAUCACGACCAUUCAAGAAACUCAAACAUCCAGUUGUUCUCUUGAUUUCCUCAGAUGGGUUUCGCUUCGGAUAUCAAUACAAGACAGAUACUCCAAAUAUGAAUAGAUUGAUCAAGAAUGGGACGGAAGCCGAACUAGGUUUAAUUCCUGUGUUCCCAACUUUGACUUUUCCUAAUCAUUAUGCCAUUGUUACUGGUUUAUACCCUGAAUAUCAUGGUAUUGUAAACAAUUAUUUUCUUGAUCCCAACAGUCCUGGCGAGGCUUUCAAUAUGAAGAGUUAUGAUCCUAAGUGGUGGCUAGGUGAGCCACUUUGGGAGACUUUGGUUAAUCAUGGUCUUAAGGCUGCUACUUAUUUCUGGCCUGGAUCUGAAGUGAAUAAAGGAGGUUGGACUUGUCCACAAUUUUUUUGUAAGAGGUAUAAUGGUUCCGUCCCGUUUGAAGAAAGAGUUGAUACUGUCUUGAACUACUUUGAUUUGCCAAGUGAUGAAAUUCCUUCGUUUAUGACACUCUAUUUUGGAGACCCUGAUCAUCAGGGUCAUAAGGUUGGGCCAGAUGAUCCUCAAAUCACUGAAGCCAUUGAAAGAGUUGAUGGGAUGAUUGGGAAGUUGAUCAAAGGUUUAGAAGAAAGAGGGGUUUUUGAGGAUGUUAACAUUAUAAUGGUUGGGGAUCAUGGUAUGGUUGGCACUUGCGAUAACAAGUUGAUCUUUCUGGAGGAUUUGGCUCCGUGGAUUGAAAUUUCAAAGGAUUGGAUACAGUCAUAUAGUCCAUUGCUUUCCAUUCGUCCACCACCAAGUUACUCCGCCAAGGAUGUCGUUACCAAGAUGAAUGAGGGCUUAAAGUCAGGGAAGGUUCAGAAUGGGAAAUAUUUGAAAGUCUAUCUAAAGGAGGAGCUGCCUGAUCGGCUGCAUUAUUCUGCGAGUAAUCGAAUCCCACCCAUCAUUGGAUUGAUUGAUGAAGCAUUUAAGGUCGAACAGAAGAGCUCAAAAAGUAAAGAAUGUGGUGGAUCUCAUGGUUAUGACAAUGCAUUCUUCUCAAUGAGGUCCAUUUUCAUUGCCCAUGGUCCUAAGUUUGCUAGGGGCCGCAAAGUCCCAUCUUUUGAGAAUGUUCAGAUUUACAACCUGGUUACCACAAUCCUUAAUAUACAAGGAGCAUCCAAUAAUGGGACAACAUCAUUUCCAAAGACGAUUCUUUUACCAAGCCACUGAGAUUUAGCUAAUUAGGAAUGGAUUCUUUAUGCUAACAGGGGUGAGGGAAUAUCAUGUGAUUUUUGUAUGCUUCGCUUAACAAUUAGAAAAUGUUAGUUAAGUUGAUUUAAGGUGAUGAACUAGUGCUGCAGGUUAUGCACCUUGUUACCUCGCGGCAUCAAUUCACAUUUGUCGCUUCCGAAAUUAUAGUAUUAGGUGUUGCAACUUUUAUUUUGUAGCUGGCUUAUUUUUACGAUUAUUAACAUUGUUGCUAUUAUGUAGAUAGAGAGUGAAUUGAUAAAUGAAUAUAUUUCAAUAUAUUUGC